CAAUGACACGACAUAUCCCACCUAAACUCAUUCACCCUGACGUGUACAAAUUUCCAACUUUAAAGAACCAAAUUCCGUAGGAACUCUUAUCAACUUUACCAAUAUUUUCCUCUGUGCUUACGGUUUCUGAAUCUAAACUAUGAGCUGGUGGUGGUCCGGAGCUAUUGGCGCUGCUAAGAAAAAAUUCGAUGAAGAUGAACCGCCGCGAACCUCCGAUAGCGUGGCUCUGGUAAUCGGCGUCACAGGCAUCGUCGGUAACAGCCUCGCCGAAAUCCUACCUCUACCCGACACACCAGGCGGUCGAUGGAAAGUCUACGGCGUUGCGCGGCGUCCUCGUCCUUCCUGGAACGCCGAUCACCGAAUCGAAUACAUCCAAUGUGACAUCACCGAUCCAAACGACACCCAAACCAAACUCUCCGUUCUCACCGACGUUACUCACAUCUUCUACGUCAGUUGGACAAGCCGUCCCACGGAAGCUGAAAACUGCAAAGUUAACGGCGCCAUGUUACGGAACGUCCUCCGUGCCGUUAUCCCAAACGCUCCGAAUCUCCGCCAUGUCUCCCUUCAGACUGGCGGUAAGCACUAUGUAGGGCCGUUCGAACUGUUCGGCAAGAUUAAAAGCCACGAGCCGCCGUUUACGGAGGAUCUACCGCGUUUGGAUGCACCGAAUUUUUAUUACACUCAAGAAGAUAUCUUGUUUGAAGAAACUCGUAAGAAAGAGGGUUUGAGUUGGUCUGUUCAUAGACCUCAGGUUAUAUUUGGAUUUUCACCUUAUAGUUUGAUGAACCUUGUUGGUUCACUUUGUGUUUACGCUGCAAUUUGCAAGCAUGAAGGUGUUCCUUUGAGAUUUCCUGGUACAAAGGAAGCUUGGGAGUCUUAUUCUGUGGCUUCUGAUGCUGAUUUGAUUGCUGAGCAACAUAUUUGGGCUGCGGUGGAUCCUUAUGCUAAGAACGAAGCUUUUAACUGCAGCAAUGGUGAUGUUUUCAGGUGGAAGCAGUUAUGGAAGGUUUUGGCGGAACAGUUUGGGAUUGAGGAGUAUGGUUACGAAGAAAACGGUUCUCGUUUGAGGUUGUCGGAAUUGAUGAAGGAUAAGGGUCCUGUUUGGGAUGAGAUUGUGAGUGAGAAGCAGUUGCAACCAACGAAAUUGGAAGAAAUUGGGGAGUGGUGGUUUGUGGAUAUUAUGUUUGGAGGCGAAGGGGUUGUGGAUAGCAUGAACCAGGCUAAAGAACAUGGGUUUGUUGGAUUCAGAAAUACUAAGAAUUCUCUGAUAAAUUGGAUAGAUAAGACCAGAGCUUUCAAGAUUGUUCCUGAAAAAUGAUAUCUAUGUCCUGGAUCUGUUUUCUGUUUUUUGUACAAGUAAAUUUUGUUUCUGAAAUAAUGUUUUAUAGUUGGAGUAUCUAUACAAUGCAUAGGGGGAAAUUAGUUGAAUGCAGUACUCGUAUGAUAUGAUUUAUCAUUUGUUUGGCAUAAUUUGUAAUUAUAAUAUACUAUCAAACUUAUAGUUUGUAUUUAUGUUAUAUGAAAAUUAAUGCUGUCCACUAA